AUGUCCCGUAACGGGUACGGAGGUUACGGUGAUUCUCCCUACACGAAUGGGAAUAGCAAUGGGAACUCACUAGCCGCGCCGACUGGAUACGAUCUCCCAGCGGAAGACGAUGAUUAUGAUCCAUAUGGUACGAAUUACGAGGAGAGAUUCAGUACCCCCCCAGUCCCAACAGCUACACCUCCAGCGUCGCGCUCAGCAGGAUACGGUCGGCCGCAGAGAGGAGUAGAGAGUAGCGCGGAGAAGCAGAUUGGGGAAGCCCUCGAACAUAUAAAGGAUGCGUGGCCUGCAAUGUGCCAGAGCGAGUGUGUGCCGGUUCACAUAGCUUUGCAAUUGCUGGAUACAAGUUCUGUUGGAAGAGCGCAUGAAUACAGGGAAUUUGAACGGACGCGCAAUUACCUCCAGGACUCUCUGAAAGCAAUUGUUCAUGAACAUCACCAAGGUUUCAACAGCUCGAUCGGAACAUUUCACAAAAUUCAAUCGAGUAUACAAGCGUCGCAAAAACGAGUACGAUCUCUCAAGGAAUCCUUGGUACAAUCCAAAGCCAGUCUUGCGACGGCGGACCCUGAGUUGCGCAAGUUAGCGGCUGCAUCCAAUAGCUAUGAUGGGCUACUACACACACUCUCCGAGAUAGAAGACCUACGACUUGUACCUGACCAACUGGAAGCACGAAUAUCGGAAAAGCGGUUCCUUACGGCGGUGGAUAUACUGCAGACUGCGCUGAGGCGCAUAAGAGUGCCUGCGCUGGACGAAAUCGGGGCUUUGAGCGAGCUAAAGAGUUACCUUACCAACCAGGAAACGGCGCUGACCGACAUUCUGAUUGAGGAAUUACAUGAUCAUUUAUACCUGAAAUCUCCAUAUUGUCAGGAAAGAUGGCAAACGCUUGCGAAGGACCAGGGAGGGAUUGGAAAGGCGCAAUUGGACGCGAAGGUUCCAUUUCGACCAUUUUACCAGAUACUUGAUGCGAUCGACUUCGAAAAUCCUAUGGUAGAGGAGCCAUCGAGGAAUUCUGAAGCGGAUACAUUCUACUAUAUUGCUUUACUAGUCGAAGCUCUUAAUAAGCUUGGUCGACUUGAAUCUGCAGUCAACACGAUUAAGCAGCGACUUCCUGUAGAGCUAUUUGGAAUCGUUAAUGAGACAAAUACAGAAGUCGAUCAGAAACAUCCCAGCUCACUUAGGGGCGGUAUAUCCAAAGCUCACGGUAACCAGACGUUUGGGGGGAGAGAAAACAGCAUACGAGCCGAUGUCAUUUAUGAUCUUUUAUGGACGCUGUAUGCAAAGUUCGAAGCAAUUGCAGAAAGCCAUCGUGUUUUCCACGAUGCUGUGAAGGCAGUGGUCCGUCGAGAAGGGGCGAGCAACCCAUCUGUUUUGUUAGGGGGAUUCCGUGAGCUGUGGAACUUGUAUCAAAACGAGAUUCGAUCUUUACUGCAUAAUUAUGUUACCACAGAUGCGGAUGUUUACCAAUUCGAUUCUGCACCAAAACCAGGGACACUUAAGCAGAGUACGAAACGAGAACAGCUGUUCCAGUUCUCAGACGCCGAUUCUAAAUCCAUUGCAAUGACAACAGAAUACCAGGAUCUGGAAGGUAUCAUUCGAGCGGCGGUUCCUGGGUUGAUGUCAAAACAAGGCGAUGGAAAGAAACCAAAUGUGAGAAAUGAUGGCAUGGAUGCCCGUAAUCGCUCUCGUGGGGGAAUGGGCAACUUUGGAGCGGAUGGCAAACCUGGAGGGAUCGGUGUCCACAAGUCUCUGGUAGAGCCAAGUGUGUUCAACAUGAGCUUAUUAUUACCACCGACUCUGGGCUUCCUCCAGCGCUUGAAGAAUAUAGUUCCACCUGGUUCAGACCUUGUUACGAGUACAUUAACAUCUUUUCUCGACAACUUUCUCGUUAACGUCUUUCUGCCUCAGUUGGAUGAGACGCUGGGAAAACUCAGCGACUCGGUGUUUGAGGAAACAGACUCAUUUCAGCAAGACAGUCAGUGGGCAAAUGUUGCAAGGAGGCCGAUAUUUAAAGGAACAUCGGCGUUCUUUGCUCUCAUUACUGCAUUCUGUAAGAUGCUUGACACAAUUCCUCAUGACCAAGCUCUCAGUCAGCUCAUUAUUACCCAAAUGAUGAGAUAUUAUGAUAGAUGUUGCGAUUGGUUCAAGUCAUUGGUUUCUCGGGUCGAAGGCUCGGAUGGGACUACGCUGAAGCUCUCAGCUCUACUUGCGACUGGACCUGGAGAAAUUCAUGACACUAUGAAGAAACUAUGGACAUCGGAGGGAGAUGAUCAACACCAGCUUGAAAAAGAAACAGGCUUGCUCAUUCUACAAACGAACGAAAACCCCAUGAGAUUGGAUGAUAUCAUCUUGGAUCGAGAAACCAUAUCCUCCUUGUGUGUAUUGUAUACCAGCAUGAAGUGGCUGUCUAUCAAGGUAGAUCAGCUCCGUCACAUAACCCGCAACGACACAGAUUCGUCUCGAGCAUCGUCGCAAAAACCGUCUAACAAACGCUGGACUCUCCUCAAUGAUCCUUCAAUGAUCCAAGAUGAUUCUACUCCGGUCUACCUUCCAAUGACCCAGGAAACCGUAGUCGCAUUUGACUCCAUCGUCUCAUCAUACCAGGAACUCGCUGGAACGGUACUAUUGACCCUCCACAUGGAAAUCCGCUGCCAGAUCAUCCACGCCCUAACAAUCGCCCUAUCCCCCGAAUCCGCCCCCUACCUCCUCGAACAAGUCGUCAGCGACCCGGACCCCAAAAUCCUAAGUCUUAACGCCGACCUCGCCGCCUACGAAGAAACCGUCGUCAAAUUCCUCCGCGACAAGGAAAUCGCAUUCAUCCGCACCGGUCUCGGCCUCCUCAUCGACAGUUUCCUCGUCACCAACGCCGGCAACGUGCGAGCCAUGAACAGUCGCGGCUGCGAACGCAUGCAGCUCAACAUCCUCGUGCUCCAGCAGAACCUCAAAAACAUCGAGGCGGACGUGAGUCUCGCGCGCGCGGCCCGCUUCUUCGAUCUCUUCACUGAAGGCCCCGACGCUGUGAUUCAACAAGCGCAGGCUGGGAAGGAGGAGGGAGGCAAGGAGCUGUUUAGUUAUGAUGAGCUGAAGACGCUCGUGGAACUUUGCUAUAGCGAGAAGAUCUCGAGUCCCGAGCGCGGGAUCAGUACGGGGGCGAAGCGUGGGAUGGGGGAUCAUUUGUUGCAGUUGAUCUAA